AUGGAAUUGGUGAAAAAGGUGGAUACUAUUACUCACCUCAUAACAAAGUUUCAUUAUGAUCACCCUCGUUACGCUCAAUUACACUUGGAACUUGAAUUUCCAAAAUUUCAUAACCUUGAAAUCCUUCAAAUUCAAUUACAUAAUAUUAAACUUAGCACGAUCGUUAGUAUAAUUGAAAACAAUAGGGGAAACCUAAAGAAAAUUGUAAUCAAUGAAUUUGAUAUGCAUGAUGAGAACUUUUAUGAGGAUUCGCUUCGCCUUAUUUAUACCAUUUAUGAAAAUUGUCGUUCAAUUGAAUUUUUGACACUUUCGUUCUUUCCGUCAGAGAGUCAUUUUAUUAAAUUCGAAGAGUUGUUGAAAACUUGUCAAAAAUUAAAAGUAUUACUAUUAAUUUAUGAUGAUGAUUCAUUUCAUGACGGGUCAAAUUUUGAUCCCAGAGAAAGGUUGUCAAAUAUAUUAAUUAGGUCGGCACCAAUUAGUUUAAGAGAGAUUGGUGCAUUUUAUGAAUUUAGUUUUUCUCUCAAAUCCCUAGAUAAUUUCUUAGACAGUUGGAGAGGUCGUCCCGCACUUUCGAUUCUUGUGAAAUCCCGAGAAUAUUCAAGGGGAGAAUAUUUGAAAAUAUUUGACAAACACAAGGAUCAUGAUGUGAUUAAAGAGUUUAAGUUUGGUUUUACUAGUGAUAUUUAUUUCCUGGAUUACGAUAUAUGGGGAUUAGGACCUAAACCUCCCCAUUAA